AUGCGCAUGCUGCAUGUGCAUGGUAAAGGAUCGCUGGAGCUGUGGAGGCUGAGUGAUUUUACUAGACUGUUAUAAAAUGAAUGUCAGGUUUACUACUGACUAGAUCUUUAACCAAGACUUUCCAUUGGCUGUAUAGAAGUGUUCAGUGUUCAGCGGCAACCCUUCACCCACUCAAAAUGGCCGCACCCAGUGAGCCCAAUCCAAAAAAGUCCUGCUCAGGUGUCCUCAUUGGCACACACAAUGGGGCGUUUCAUUGUGACGAAGCCCUCGCCUGCUACAUGCUCAAACUCUUACCGGAGUACAAAGAUGCUAGGAUUGUCCGUACUCGAGAUCCUGAGCAACUGUCGCAGUGUGACAUUGUUGUGGAUGUGGGUGGAGUCUAUGACCCUAGCAAGCACAGAUACGACCACCAUCAACGGUCUUUCAAUGGCUCUAUGAGCAGCCUCAGCAGUGGAGGCAAGCCGUGGACCACCAAACUGAGCAGCGCCGGACUGGUCUACUUGCACUUUGGACGAAGUGUCAUAGCCACCAUUGCAGGCCUUGAGUCUGACAAUCAGCUGAUAGAGGAACUCUACAAUAAUGCAUACUCCAGCUUUGUAGAGGAGGUGGAUGCCGUGGACAAUGGUAUCAGCGAUAGAGACGGAGCACCGAGGUACAAAGUGACCAGUACCAUUGGUAGCAGAGUGGGACGUCUCAAUCCAGCCUGGAAUGAUACAAACAAAGACGCUGAUGCUAGGUUCCAGUGUGCCAUGAAGCUGGUGGGAGGAGAGUUUGAGCAGUGUGUGAAGGGACUGCAGAAUGUGUGGCUACCUGCCCGGAUAAACGUCAGGAGCGCCAUCGAGAAACGAUUAGAGGUACACUCGAGUGGUGCAGUGUUGAGACUGGAAGAGGCAUGUCCCUGGAAGGAGCACCUGUUUGAGCUGGAGAGAACUCUCGGCCUCUCGGAGAGUGCAAAGUUUAUGCUCUACAAGGAGGGAGACUCGGACAAAUGGAGGGUACAGGCAGUACCUCUACAUGAAUCUGGAUUUGAAAAUAGACUUUCUCUUCACACUGCCUGGCGUGGUCUGCGAGACGAGGAGCUGUCUAGUGUGAGUGGUAUCCCAGGCUGUGUGUUCGUUCACUCCAGUGGGUUCAUUGGGGGCAACUUCACGUACGAGGGAGCUUUGGCAAUGGCCGUCAAGAGUAUAGAAAGUGCCUCAAACUGAAAUACUUUAUGGCGUACAAAUGUAUAUAUAAUUAUAAUGCUAUCAUGAGUAUACUAAUCACAUUCAAAAAGAUAUUGUCUUGGUA